ACUGGGACACCUCUUCAGAAUAAUCUAGCAGAGUUGUGGUCACUACUGAACUUCAUUUUGCCUGAUAUAUUCUCAUCCCAUCAGGAAUUUGAGUCAUGGUUUGAUUUUUCUGGGAAGGGAGAUGGGGAACAACAGGAAGAAACUGAUGAGAACAAAAGAGUCCUUGUUGUCUCAAAGCUACAUGCCAUUUUGCGUCCAUUCCUUCUAAGGCGGAUGAAAGAGGAUGUAGAACACAUGCUUCCACGAAAGAAAGAGAUAAUCAUCUAUGCUAACAUGACUGAACAUCAGAAACAAAUCCAGAAUCACUUGGUUGAGAGGACAUUCGACAACUACUUGCAUGAGAACACAGAUAUUGUUUUGCGGAGACCUGGCAUCAAGACGAAGCUAAAUAAUCUACUCAUUCAGCUCAGGAAAAACUGUGGCCACCCUGAUCUUUUGGAUGCUGCAUUCGACACAAGCUACUUCUAUCCACCUAUUGAUAAGCUUCUGGGACAAUGCGGCAAAUUUCAGCUGUUGGACAGGUUACUGGACGCUCUACUCAAACGAAAUCACAAGGUCCUAAUAUUUUCACAGUGGACAAAAGUUCUGGACAUCCUUGACUAUUAUUUGGAUACAAAAGGUCUGAAGGUUUGCAGAAUUGAUGGUAAUGUCAAGCUGGAAGACAGGAGGAAGCAGAUAGCGGAGUUUAAUGACUUGAACAGUGGUAUGAAUGUCUUCAUUCUAAGCACGCGUGCUGGGGGGCUUGGUAUCAACCUUACUUCUGCUGAUACUUGCAUCCUAUAUGACAGUGACUGGAACCCUCAAAUGGAUUUACAGGCUAUGGAUCGAUGCCAUCGCAUUGGUCAAACAAAACCUGUUCAUGUUUAUCGUUUGGCAACAUCGAAUUCUGUUGAGGGACGGAUUAUCAAGAGAGCUUUUGGAAAGCUGAAGCUAGAGCAUGUGGUGAUUGGGAAGGGACAGUUUCAACAAGAUGCCGCUAAGCCUAACGCCUUAGAUGAGGCGGAGCUGCUGGCGCUGCUGAGGGAUGAGCAGGGUGAGGAAGACAGGAUGAUCCAGACGGAUAUCAGCGAUGAGGACCUUCUGAAGCUGAUGGACCGGAGUGACCUCACCGGCCCUGCCAUGGCUCCCAAUGCAGCCCAUCUUGUCCCCUUGAAAGGGCCUGGCUGGGAGGUGGUUCUGGCCUCGAAGAGUGCUGGGGGCAUGCUCUCGGCGCUCACCAGCUGAGCCAUCCUAGCAAUGGCGAUUCCUCGGUAUUUUGAUGUUUUGGCUUGUUCGCAGCCUAAUGCUUGACAGCAGUGCAUUGCUUCCCCUAGGUUCAGGAGCUGAUGUUCCGGCGGGCAGUGUUCUAGGCUUAUGCCCGCGCCUUCUUCCAAUCUAGCUAGGCAACCUAUGUCAGACUGUCAUGGUAUGCCAGAUGAAUCUGGAAAUGGCAUUGUUUUGCUGCUCUGCGAUGCCUAGAUCUUUCAGGUUUUGGUGUAUUAAGUAUCAAUACAGAAGAGGUUAUGGGCGACAAUGAUGAAAUGCGGUGUUUCGUGGCAAAAA